AUGACUCUCAUUGCCAACUUGAAGAACAUCGCCAAUCCAAUGGUUGCCAUCCAACGAUCAUCUUCUGUACUGUCCACCACUGGUACUUCAUCGAACGAGUCCGACUACAGUGUCGCCUGUUGCUGCAGAAGAAGAAGAAGAGUCCGUAUCAACAUCAACAUCUUUGGAGGUGACAGUGGAUGCGGAGACUUUGAUGGAUGUGAUGGACUCGAUGACUAG